AUGUGUAUCGCCAUCAUCUCCACCGCUCACCCCGCAUACGAAGUCAUCAUAAUCGACAAUCGCGAUGAGUAUCUACACCGCCCAACAGCAUCCGCAAACUGGUGGCAGCCCCCCAACACCCAAGUCCUGGGCUCUCGCGACCUCGCCCGUCCCGAACAGGGCACAUGGAUGGGCGUCACAAAACAAGGGCGAGUAGCCGUAUUAACGAAUUAUCGCGAAGCAGCACCAAUAGGGAAUAUAAGUCGUGGCGCGAUUGUAAAUGACUUCUUAACUGAGCCUCCCUCCGCCCCUACGUCGUCGGAAGCGGGGAACGAUCCGAACGAAAAGCAGAGGAAUAAUAAUAAGAAGAAGAAUAAUAAUAAUAACGAGCCCCGGAAAGCGCAGAGGACUACGCGCGCUUUUGUGCAAGAUAUGAUUAAUUCCCAAAUGGCUACAAAUGCGGGUGGAUUCAGUCUUGUGUGUGGCCGGCUGGGUGAGCCGUUGGCUAUAAUCUCGAACCGGAUGUCCGAUAACAUCGACUCUACCACGUGGAUUGCGUCGACGCGGGGGGAGACGGUUGGGUUAAGUAAUACGUUCCUGAAUGACAGGACGUGGCCGAAGAUUAUUAAUGGGGAGAUUCUGAUGAGGAGUGCUAUUGACGCUAACAUCGCCGCCUACGCUCAUCAACAACAAGGGUCGACCGGGGAAGAAAAGGAAAGGGAUCUGAUAGAACGGCUCUUCCGCGUCCUCUCCACCGACACCAUGCCUCGCCUAUCCAACACCGAGCCCAUAAAAGAGCAAUACAUGAAUCAACUCAAAGAAUCAAUCUUCAUCCCGUUGUUAGGGGAUCGCGCCCAGUUCGAGGCUGAAGCAGCCAACCUCGCAAAAAUGGGAUUGGUGGGCUAUACUUCUGGCCUGUAUGGAACACAGAAACAGACUAUUUUAUUGGUUGAUCAUGCCGGAAGAGUGAAGUACGUUGAGAGAUCGUUAUAUGACGAGCAUAUUCAUCCGAUACCGUUGGGGCAGGGGGAUAGGGUUUUUGAGUUUGUUAUUGAAGGGUGGAAAGCCAAGACCGAGACAUAG